UCUCAGAGCGCUUCCGGAGGCAGAUAAUCUGCGGCCAAGAAGGGACAACUACCACGCACCUACGGGGAGAAACACCUUCUAGAAGCGCGUGUCAUCCUUAACAGAAGCUCGGACGAGCGGAAAAGAUGGAUAAUCGCGCUCUCUUUUGCGCUUUCGUGCGUGUGUGAUUUGCUACGUUUGACACCAAAAUAAACGGUCGGUGUGACGUGACAGCUGUCCGGUGUCAUCGACGGCGCGGGGAGGAAACUACACCAACAGCUCGUGAUAUUUAUCAUCUGAGCGCCGCGGUGAUGGCGGUGACAGCCGCUCUGGUUCUAGCUUGUCUCUCCGCGGCUCUGUGGAGGACCAGCGGCGAGCUGCUAACUUCUCCAUCAGAGAGCGCGCGGCUCAACUCCACGUCCAGCGGCGGCGUCGGGGGGUCGAGGAACGACACGGCCGCCGCCGCCCGGAUCUCCCCCCUGAUGGCGCAUCUGCCGGCCCUGAAAAACAUAGUUAUCUUUAUCUUCGUGCUGACCGCCGCUCUCAUCACCUGCCUGGUCAUUAAAGUGGUCAGAUCUGGCAGGAGAAUCAGGAAAACUCGAAAAUACGACAUCAUAACUACCCCGGCCGAGCGCGUUGAGAUGGCCCCUCUUAAUGAGGAAAACGACGAUGAGGACGAUUCAACCCUCUUUGACGUCAAAUACAGGUGAACCCCAGCGUGAACGUUCGGAGCUCCUCUUCUGUUCGACCACGCCACAGAUCAAGUGAUUCUCUGUAUUUUUGUGCUGCCGUCCGAGUCUCAUCGUGUCAGCAGCCUGAGCGUGGCUUUAAUCUGGGUUCAAACCAACAGCGCCAUUCAGAUUUCAGAUUAUCUGCUGUUAUUGUGAAGGUUCUCAUUCUACUGAUCCUGUUUUUUAGAUUAGAGAUGAGGAGCCUUCAUUCAGUUCUCUGCAACUUUUGCAGGAAUCUAUGACGGUUUAUAAACCUUUUUUUUUUUAAACCAAACUACAUCUCAUUCUUCUGUACAAACCACUUUAUUGUGCACACCCACUGUUAAAGGCUUCUGUUCUCUGUGAGCGAAGUGAGCAUUUAUGUAUUUUUUUAAAUAAUUUUUAACGCAUGCUGUUUCAGAAUCGGUCUUAAUUUGCUGCUAUCACAGAUUUAAAAUGGUCAAAUUUGUCCUGAACCUCUGGACUCGAUCAGG